AGUCGCCCUCUGCUGGUCAUUCGAGAGAACACACGUUUGAGACACGAGUUUGUGUGCGCGUCUAUGAGUGAAACUGCAGAGUCGAGGGGGCUCAAUAGUGCACAUUAAUACGGAUAAAUAUACUUAUUGAAUAGAUCUUGGCUUAAUCAAACGAAAUUAUGUUCUGCUUGAAUAUGAUUUCUCUUCAAAAUAUAAUGCAUGUGCUUUUCCCCCCCGCGCUCCAAAUGUGGAAGUCGCUCGCUCGGGAGUGAGGCACGAACACGGGACUGCAGUCAGCUGAGACGAUCCCUCCCUGGUGGGUCUGGUGCGCGACUCCAGGACGACACUCCCUCCCAGACGAGGGGAGGGGAGGGGGGGUCAGACUCGGUGGGAUGUGAGGACGCUCUGGGUCACAUUGUUUUGUUUCGGUGCUCGGAGAUAUUCGCUGUGGACGCGUCAGCUGCAGGAGCCGAGGCGUGUGGACGCGGACGCCGCGUUGGUCGGUCGGUCGCUGGCCGACUGAGAUGCCGAUGACAGGCCGGAGCCUCUCAGCGUCUCCCCGGAGAGAAGACCAAACGGCUGAGCAGCUCAGAGACAGUCGGUAGACACAGAACCGAGUCCGGCGGCGGCCACAUGUUCUGAGCGGAGAACCGGCGAGCGGCGGCGGGAUGACGGCGCCGAGGAGACCGAGGCAGACGCGCCUCCUCCCGCGGUUCUGCGUCUGUGGGGUCGGUCUGCUCGCGGCCUCUUGGAUCUUUCACUUGAGUGAUGUUACAGUCGUACAUGGACACCCCGAGAAUCGUGACAUCUCCCUGUCCAAGAGAGAGCUCACCCAACAAAAGGAAGACAACAACCAGCACGACAACACUUCUAGUGCGGCUAUCAACGAGUUCCCUGAAGAUAUCUUCACUCUGGAGCAGAGGAGACACGGAGCAGUGCUCCUCCAUGUUCUCUGUGCUAUCUACAUGUUCCACGCGCUGGCCAUUGUGUGUGAUGUUUACUUUGUUCCAUCACUGGAAAAAGUAUCGGAGAACCUCCAGCUCAGUCAGGAUGUUGCCGGGGCAACCUUCAUGGCGGCGGGGAGCUCUGCUCCCGAGCUCUUCACCUCUUUGAUUGGGGUGUUUAUCACAAAGGGCGAUGUGGGCGUAGGAACCAUUGUGGGCUCGGCUGUCUUUAACAUCCUGGUCAUCAUCGGCCUCUGUGGCAUCUUCUCCGGACAGCCCAUUUCUCUGAGCUGGUGGCCUCUGUUUCGUGAUGCUCUUUUCUACAUCCUGUCCAUACUGGUGCUUAUCCUGGUCAUCUAUGAUGAAAAAGUCGUGUGGUGGGAGACCAUCAUCCUGAUCUCAAUGUAUGGACUCUACAUAAUCAUCAUGAAGUUCAACAGAUCUCUGCGCAGCCUGGUAGAGACACACUGCCUGAGGGAAGGUCGGCCGUGCUUCAGCGGCCUGCGGCGGACGGCUGCCGUCGGAAACGCCGGAGACUGUGACAACGACAUGGUGCCGCUGAAGCCAGGUGCUGGAGCCCGAGCUUAUGCGUGUGUGGUGGCCGGUCAGGACUUGGGGGUGCCGAUGGUGGAUGAGCAGCUGAACCCGCACCCCCACCAGCUCUCCUUCUCAGAGGCAAGCCUCCGCCUUCUCAUCACCCCGCAUUUCCCCCCCCUCACCCGCUUGCGCAUGGCAGGACGCUUGGUCAUCAACGAGAGGCAGAGGCUGAUCCGAGCUCGAGUUGGCCAAGAGGAGGGUGGAGCAUCUGGGGAGGAGGGUUUGGGCACUAGCGGGCCAUGGGGGAGGGAGAACGGGUCAGUGGCUGAGGGAGACGGGCAGACGCUGGAGGGAGAGAGGGAGAGAGGUAAAGAGGUGGGCGGGAGGAAGGGUGACGGAGCGCCGUCUAAAGAGGAAGAGGAAGAGGAGGAAGAGCAGGAGGAAGGACAGGAGGAGAAUUCUCCCUUCAAACCUUUCAUUGUGCCAGAUGGCUGGUGUGUGCGUGUGAAGUGGCUGCUCUCUUGGCCUGUGAGCCUCCUGCUCCACUGCACCAUCCCCGACUGCAGCCUGCCACAGUGGGAGCGCUGGUACCUGCUCACCUUCCUCUCCUCCACGCUCUGGAUCGCCCUCUUCUCCUACCUCAUGGUCUGGAUGGUGACCAUAAUCAGCUACACACUUGGAAUCCCGGAAGUCAUCAUGGGAAUCACUUUUUUGGCCGCUGGCACCAGUGUCCCUGACUGUAUGGCUAGCCUCAUCGUCGCCCGACAAGGGAUGGGUGACAUGGCCGUGUCCAACUCCAUUGGCAGUAAUAUCUUCGACGUGCUGCUGGGCCUGGGCUUCCCCUGGGCGCUGAGGACUCUCAUAGUCAGCUACGGAUCAGUGGUGACGAUCAACAGCAAAGGCCUGGUGUACUCAGUGAUUCUGCUGUUGGCCUCUGUCAUUCUCACUGUACUGUGUAUUCAACUCAACCAUUGGCGGUUGGACCGCAGGCUGGGACUCAGUCUCCUGCUGCUCUACGCCGUCUUCCUCCUGUGCGCCGUCGGCUUCGAGAGGCUGUAAAGGACACACACACACACACACACACACACACACAUGCACACUCACAAACUCACACUCACACUCCCGACAACACCUUACCGUCAAAAAAUUACAGAAGUGGUCAAACUUCCAUAAGCUAUUAUUAGAUAGAUAGAUAGAUAGAUAGAUAGAUAGAUAGAUGGAUGAACUUUAUUGAUCCCAAACUGGGAAAUUUGGGUAUUAACCAAACAUAUGGACAGAUAAAUUGUUAUUUGAUCUCCCCCGGUGUCUGUAUGUGUUUGAGCAGCAUUAAUACAUCACCGAAUGCCUGAAGGCAACAUCGUUUACCUUUGAUAAACAAGUAUUUUACAUAGUUUUGUACGGAGCACCUCCAGCCCAGGCUCUUUGAAAUCAAACUCGGCUGAUAAUGCACUAUGUCUUCACUGCAAAUUUAUAAAGUAUUGAAUUUGUAUUCUGAAACCCAAAGUGUGUUAGUUUACAACUUUGUGACUGCCACGAGUAACCUCAGAUGAUUAAACGUGUACAUGUAUAUAGUUGUUUCUCAGCGUGUGAAGUUACUUCACAUUAAGUUUUCAACAUGCCUGUUGUGUAUGUAGCUGUAAAUGGCACUGCAUGGCUGAUCGUCACGCGCUGGAGAAUUGCACUAAGCCACUGUUGUCUUGGCCUUGUUCAUAAUGUUGCCCCCGUCCCCACCAACUGCACCCCCACACUCUCUCUGGAACAAGGGCAAUGUUGGAUGUCUGUGUAUGAGAGAAUCUUUCAGUGUAUGUUUGAGGAGUGCAAUAAAAAAAUGCUUUGGCUCUG